GUCUUCUUCGACAUUAAUCCAUGCGAUGUGAAUCCUACUUGGAGCGACGCGAUGACGUCACACCACGUGUGUUUUCUCUGUCGACGAAUAUGUUCUUGACCACACGCGACGAGUCUCUCGAUUAGUGCAUAUAUUGUGGCUGUAGUUGUAUACUAUCCCUUGCCGAAUAGUCCUCAACGAGGAAAUGAACUCAUUACAAAUCUAAGACGCUUCGAAUUGAUCGUUUAGAAUCUGUGACUUUAUCGUUUAAAAUCUGGUGAGGAAAGAAAUCAGUUGGUGUUUGUGUAUUGUAUUAUAUCAUCGUACGAAUAGCCUUGAAAUGUCGAUUGUCACCAAGUAUUAAGACUUGAUAUUUUUAUCCAGUUAAAAUCAGAUGGAGAAAUUUUCCCAGACCUUUCGCGCCUGUCUGUACAUUCGCUGUGCUGUGUCAGAUGCUAUUCGUUCGAUCGUUACGGUAAAAAUUUAUCACAGACAGGCGAUAAUGCACUUUUACGUGGAAUGCCCAAAAUCGAACACAGUGCAUUUUUUCAGAUCAUUCAAAGUAUUCUCCAGUAAAUAAGUAAUAUUAAAAAAUAUGCAGAGGUACAUUCUUUUCUUAGUCUUGGUGCAGCACGUUAUUGCUACUCCACUCCAAGUACAUAAAUCUGGUCAAACAAUUAGCAGCAGCGCGAACAUUGGAUGUUGUUCUUGCCAAUUUGAAGAUACGGAGUAUAUGACCCGUAUCUGUGGGGACAGAAACAGUUUUAUGACAUUGGUUCAAAGUGUAAUGUCCACCAGAUGCGAUAUCGCUGAUCCCUGCCGACGAUUAGGCAGGGACGAAGCACCAAACGAAAAUGAAUGGUUCGAUUUUAUAAUCGUCGGCGCAGGUGUGGCAGGGCCAAUAAUCGCUAAAAGAUUAAGCGACAAUUCAUGGCGGAAAGUUCUACUUAUCGAAGCCGGCCCAGAAGAACCUACUAUGACAGCUAUACCAGGACUUGCGUUCAAUGCCAUAAGUACGUCUCUCGAUUGGAACUUGAAGACAGAACCAACAUCACCACAUCCUACCGCCUGCUUAGAAACGGACGGCGUCUGUACUUGGCCGAGAGGCAAGAUGGUCGCCGGAACUGGUGGUUUGCAUGGUAUGAUGUACGUUCGAGGUCAUCCUGAAAUCUACAAUCGUUGGUCACGAGCGGGAAACUCUGGUUGGUCCUACAAUGAGGUCAGGCAUUAUUUCGAACGGGUGGAAAACCCAGUCGACCCGAUGAUCCUGUCGGACACGCACAGAAGCCUGAAGGAAGGUGGCCCGAUAAAUAUUCAAUAUUAUCCACACAAACCGGAAUUUGCAGAUGUACUUCUGACAGCCGCCGGUGAGCUGGGUUACAAAACUUCCCGAUUAAAGGAAUACAACCAAACUGGCUUUAUGAUCGCGCCAAUGACGACCGAGAAUGGUAUGCGUCUCACGACCUCGAGAGCAUACUUGAGACCCGUUCACGAACGUAAGAAUCUGCGAGUACUGACAAACGCGCAAGUCACCAAAAUCUUGAUCAGUCCGUGGGAACAGAAGGCUCACGGCGUGGAACUGAUCGAUAAAAAUGGCAACAAAAGGGUGGUCAAAUGCGACAAGGAGGUAAUCCUCACGGCCGGUGCUAUCGGCUCGCCGCACAUCCUUAUGAAUUCCGGCAUAGGACCCGAGAAGGAUCUCGUUAAGCUCGGUAUCAGAGUGUACAAAAAUCUACCGGUUGGCAAGAAUUUGCAUAAUCACGUGUCCGUGGCGGUUCCCAUGAGUAUCAAGGACAUUCCGUAUGAGACCAUAACUAUGGAUGCCGUGAAUGAGUAUUUAAGAAGCAAGAGCGGUCCGUUAGCCAGUACCGGCGUCACCCAAGUUACUGCUUUUCUAGAGAGCAGUUACGCUCUCAACGGCAUGCCGGACAUUCAAGUCUUUUUCGACGGUUUCAGUUCCACCUGCCCAAAGACAGGUCUACUCAACGAGUGUCCCAACGGCAGAAUCGGCGAUUGUCCGGAUCGAAGAAAAAUCGUGGCGAGACCUACGGUAGUUUAUACGGAGAGUCGGGGCGACAUAAAGCUCCGCUCGAAUAAUCCUUUAGACUUGCCGCUGAUUUAUCCAAAUUACUUUACAAAUGAGAAAGAUAUGUUCAUCCUGCUUGAAGGAAUCAAAAAAAUCAGCAAGCUCGUCGAUACAUCUGCUAUGAAGAAAUGGGAUCUUCGCUUGGAACAAACGAGAAGUCCAUUGUGCAACAAUUAUCAUUUUGGCACGGAUGCCUUCUGGAUGUGUCAAAUACGAGCAGAGACUGGACCGGAAAAUCAUCAAUCCGGAACAUGCAAAAUGGGACCAAAUACCGAUUCAACUGCGGUAGUCGAUUCGGAACUUCGAAUACACGGUAUAUCAAAUAUUCGCGUCGCCGAUGCUUCCAUUUUUCCCAUCGUACCAAACUCAAAUCCCAUUGCUGGAAUCAUGAUGGUGGCUGAAAAGGCAGCCGACAUGAUUAACAAUGCUUGGCCGCAGAAAUUUUAAUGUAUAAUAUCUUGCACUGAAUUGUAAUAUAUAUUUCUUGACAGUUAUAGUUUACUUGAAUAAAAGAAAUUUAUUUAAAUCGCUUACAAAUACUUUCAAUUCCUUAUUUCGAUAAUGAAUCGCCGCUACAAAAUAUUUUUAUAAGAAUUUGGUUGAUUUAUAAAAAUUUUGAAAUAAUUUUAAAAAAUA